AUGCCUCCUUCUAAAAAUAAAAAGAAGAAGAGUAAAGCUAAGCAAAUUAAGAAGACCAAUAGUGAUAAUCAUGCUGGGGUGUCCAUGAGUGCUGAGUUGUAUAACGACGAAGAGCAAUAUCCAACUUCUAGGAUUAUCAAGAGAGCAGCAAAUGGAGAUAUUGUAGUCGAGAGUUUAUCCCAAGGGGCUACUAGCCAAUCUGACGAUAACAACAAUGGUAAAGAUGAUUAUUUGUCUUUGGCAUUGGAUUCACAUUGGGAAUGGCUAUCUGCUGAUGAGAAAAAAGAGAUAUUGAGAAUUGAUAGGGAUGAGGUCUUUGAAAUCAUGAGAAAGUAUAACCACAACUAUGGACAUAACAAUAAACACAGCCAUGUAGGAAACUCCAAUGGCAUGACUGCAAAUAAUGCAAAUGCAACCAAUGCCAAUUGUAAUUGUUCCAUUUGUGGACGUCGUCAUUUGGCUAUGGACCAAGAAAUGGAGAGGAUAUACAAUACGCUAUAUGAGUUGCAAGAAAAACGGUAUGAUGAUAUGAAUCCUGUCAAGUUUCACUUAAAUAUCAUCAGGGACCUACAGAAUUCAAAUAUGCAUAUACCAACUCCUUCUUCGUCACCAGUACAGUUUCAAAAUGAAAGUCCAAAUAUCGAGGCUUCUAAUACUGUAGCGGUGGAUACUGAUAAGAUUCCGAUAACUAAACCUACUGAACUAAAAAAUAAUAACUAUGAAUAUACAAAAAAUGGUACACUGGACCAAUUUUUAUCAACUGACUCUGUCAAUUCGUUAAAAGAAGAAGUUAUAAAUUUCAAACAAAAUAAACAGAAACAAUUACAAGAUCAACUAGAAAUAAUACAGGCCCGUGACCAAAAAAUAGAGAUAGAAGAAGAAAUAACAACAGAACCUGUUUACAAUGUACAUCCUCCAGCUGAAGUGGAUGAUGAAACAAAAUCAAAAUACUUAUCAUUUGCGAAGACUUUUGUAUCUUCACAUCCAUCUAUAGCGCAAGAGUAUGUUAAUAGAAUUCUCAGCUGUCCAGAAAUGCAAGAAUUAACCGAUGAUUUAAUGAAUAAUAGCGGCAAAGGGUUUCUUAAAGUGAUCGAAUCAUUUGCCUCCAUAAAUGGAAACAAUGAUGCUUUCGAUACUGAAAAUGAGGAAACUACGAAUUUAAAUGUUACGGAAUUAAAUAAUAAUACGGAUGACAUUGCAAAUGAAAUUGACCAAGCAAAAGAAUUCACUACAAUGCUUCAUAAUGGUAAUCCUUUAACUCCUGAAGAAUAUGCCAAUUUACAAAGACAUAUCGCCGAAAGGGUAACAUCUUCAUAUGAUACCGAGAAACGUGAAUUUGUAGGAAUAUCACAGUUAGAAAAGGAAUUGUUUACAAGGUUUAUGUAUGGAGGAGAUAAGAAACAGUUUGGAAAUUUGAUACUAAAAUCAUUUAAAGAGAAGUAUAACAAUGAUGAAUUUUCGGACCAGAAAAUUGGUGACACAAUCAGUGCAGCUGCAUCUGUUGUCUGUGAAGGAUUCGAGUUUGCUCUUGCGAAUGAAAAAGACAACGAAGAUACUGAAGAAGACUUAGAUUACGAAGAUGAGAAUCUAGACAACAAUGGUGAUGCAGAUGAGGAUGAGGAUGAAGAUGAUGAAUUCCAAUAUUCUGAUUAUUACGAUGAAGAUGACGACAGUGAUCAUAUACAUCGCCACUUGGAUGAUGAUGAACAAUUUCAUUGCGUUCAUUUGGAUCAUAUUCACGAUGACAAUGGCAUCGUUACUGAUAAUGAAUUCCAGUUGCAACAGAGAAACGCGGCUAAUUUUAGUAGAUAUAAGCAUUUAGAUGAACAGACCAGUGAUGUUCAUGAGGAGGAAGAAUUAAUUGAUGAUGAAGAGUAUGAGAGUGGUAUCGAUGAAAAUGAGAGAUUAGAGGAGGGUCGCAAAUUAUUACAAAUUGUAUUAACUAAGAUUUUACAAGGUCGUAUAAUGAAAUCAUUCCAUGAGAAACAAGCGGAAAAGAACAGGAUGAAAUUAUUAGAGGAGUUAGAAGUUGAAGAAUCAAAAAAGAAAGAGAAGAAAGAGAAAAAGCAAAAGAAGAGAGAAAAGGAGAAGGAGAAGAAAAAAUUAUUACAACAAGCCAAAGAAGAAGAGAAGAGGAAGAAAGAAGAGGAAGAAGUUAGAUUGAAAAAAGAAGCAGAAGAACGUGAGUUGAAGAGACGUGAAGCUCAAAGGAAGCAAGUUGAAGAGGCUAAAAGAAAGAAGGAUGAGGAAAGAAAAAUCAAAUUGGAAGAGAUUCGUCGUAGAGAAGAAGAACAAGAUCGUCAAAGAAAGUUGAAAGAAGAACAAAAACGUAAGAGAGAAGAAGAAAGAAGAGAGAAGGAGGAACAAAAGAAGCAACAACAACUUCAACAACAGAAGUUAAAAGAGGAAAAACUGAAAGAACAGAUGCGUUUAGAAGAAGACAGAAAGAAGAGAGAAGAAGAAUCACAACUUAAAAAGGAAAGAGAACUGCAAUUAAAAUUAAAGAAUGAAAAGUCAAGAGCUGCUAUUCAGGCAAAAGCUAUUCAAUCGUCAUAUGGAUCCAUGUUAAAUCCUGAUAUAGAUAUGUCAAGUACUAACAGCCUUAACAAUGAAAUUUUUGGCAUGGUCAAUGCUGCAACAACUUCUAAAUCUAUUUCGGAGUCACCAUCUCAUCUACAUCCAUUAUUAGCUCAGAAUAAUUUCAAGACUUUUUCUCAAUCAAUUGGUAAAAAUACAAAUCAAAUUAAUUUCCCUGAUGAAGCCAUAUUUGACUCAAAUAAAUUCAAUACAGUUCCUAAUGGUUCUUUUGGCUCUCUGAACGGCAUUCCUACUGUGUUAUCUAAACCCCCAAUUGAGCAGUCAAAUGCUUAUGAUAGAUGGUCGUGGAAUUCUUUUCAAAGUCCUUUAAAUCAACAAAACCAGUUGAAACAACAAAAUAAUUUAAUGAAUCUAUCAUCUCCUCAAUCUCGCUUGGGAUCCAUGUCUUUAAAUAGUGACCCAUCAAGACAAAAUUUUAAUAAAGAUUUGCAUUCUAUAACUGACAUGUUGUCAACUACUUCUCUGCAUUCUAAAAGUCAGAAUUUUAAUACUUUUGGUGGCUCAAGCUCACUAUGGGGUUCACAAAGCCCUGUUACUGUAGCAGCACAGGGAAAUAUUCAAAAUAACAUGAUUUCACAAAAUUUGCAGAGUAACCAAUCGAUUGCUCCAGUGAAUAUAGGCAACCAUCACAUGUCUAUUUGGGACUCUGGUAAUAACAAUAUAGCGGAUACAAGCAUUCCGGACAGUUUGGAAGAUAAUUUAAUGCCACCAGCUCCUGCUUCAACUUCUAAUUCAUCGUCAAGCUUCGCUGUCAAUAAUAAUAUAUGGGCGCAAUCUGUCCCUUCUUCAUCAGCGCAAGCAUUAUUAGAUCCAUCGUUGGGAUAUUCUCAAGGUGAAAUAAAUACAAUGACCUCUAAUGGUGUUCCAGACGCUCAAUUAACUAGCAAUCUUCUAUCGAAUUCACAAAACAGCAUUAUUACAAGGAAUCUAAUAGUAAAUGAAUUAAAAACCUUAGCUGUUCAAAACGUUAAUGCAGAACAAUACAUCCCAAUAGAUGUUUUAUACCAAAAAGUAUCAAUCCAUGGCAUUGACUCGCAGACUUAUGUCAAUGAGUUAAUAAAUUUAGGAAACACUAAUGUUUGCUCACUGCUAACCAAAGAAAAUGGCUUAAUUUCAGAUGUUAAACUAAAUAAGCCAAAUUCAAAUGGCAUGGUGUCUCAAAUAAUGCCACCAAAUGGUUAUAAAAACAUGACAACCCUUCAAAGAACUCCAACAUCUACAAUACUAUCAUCUAAUCAAAACCCUAUGAGCCAAACCUUAAGUGAUACACUUAACUCACAACUGUUUGGAAUCGGACAAGCUAACAAACCAACCGUUUUAAGUAAUUUAUGGACAUAA